CCUCCACAGACAAAAGAGACAACAAAAACCCUCCCUCAUUUCCUCAGGGCAUAGCAGUCUUACAGAAACACUGAGACACUCGGAGACGAGAGAGAGAGAGCCACUAAUGUCGAACCACCAAGACGACCUCGAUCUCCUUCUCUCCCUCCAAGGGAGAGUUUUGGAAACCCCUCCUGGUUCUCCUUCACCACAUGCACCUGGGUAUAUGUCGGAUGAUGGAUCGCCGAGGCGAACUGGGCAGGCAGACAUGUCCGUAUUUAGAGACGCUGUCCAAGACUGCCUUGAUUACGAGCCCAAGCCGGUCCCGAAAUCUGGAAAAUUGAAGAGCUCUAAGGCCUCCAGCAAUGCUGAGGUUGAGAAAUUUUCGGGCUUGCGAAUAAGGAACCAAUUGGUCAGUGCAGCAGAGCUCAGUGAGCGGUUUUCAGAUAUUCGUUUCGUUCGGUUAUCAACUAUGAGGAAUUUAUUGGUUGGGGACACUCUGUCAGGUUGUUGGGCAACUGUUGGAGUGGUGACCGAGAAGGGGACUCCAAAGACCAGUUCUACAGGGAAGAACUAUUGUAUAUGGAAGGUUGGGUGUCUGGAUGAAAACACUGUUUCUCUUUUCUUGUUCGGUGAUGCUUAUCAGAAGAACUGGAAAGAGCAGGCUGGAACAGUAUUUGCUCUGUUCAAUUGUUCUGUACGCAAGGACGGAGUGGGCACAGGUUUUUCUUUGAGUGUAUAUUCUCCUAGUCAAACUUUAAAGAUUGGUACUUCAGUCGAUUAUGGAGUUUGCAAGGGAAAAAGGAAGGAUGGGAUGCCUUGUACAAUAGUCAUAAAUAAACGCAAUGGAAUAUAUUGUAAAUAUCAUAGAUUGAAAGCACCAGAGAAAUAUUUCACUAACCGAACGGAGCUCAAGGGAGGGAACCUAAGAACUGCAUUUAGGGAUUCUCUCAAACCUGAAGGGAUUUACAUGGUUGAUCCUUUAAAUGAUCGGACGAAUAUCAAAAAGCCCAUGCAGCCAGUAAAACUACUGUCUGUGGAAAGCCUAAAAAAGGCUCUGAGCAAAGCAGGUAAAGUGACGACAAACACACAUUCACAAGGCAUAAGGUUCCUUACUGAAAUAACAGGGAAUAUGGGUCCAAAGAAAUCAAAUAAAGAAUCAAUAGUACCUAAGCAACAGAUCAGCAUGUCAGAUAAAAGGAAAUCAUCCACCAUAAAACCAGAAUCAUCUGUGAUGAGAAAUCAGCAGCCAGAUGUAAAGAGAAAGAAAACUGAGCAGCAGCAGGGGCAAGUUGUGGUUGACAAUAUCAGACAGAAUACAGGAAAGUUGAUUGAACUAGAUUUUGUUAGUUCAGAUGAAGAAUUGUGAGUGUCCUAUUUGAAGUUCUAACUCGUUGGAAGUUGAAAUCCCAUUUUGGGGAGGUAGCAUGAGAGAACAAUAGAAUUCUUAUUUGAUGGUCGAGAACCACUGCUCCUAAAGAACGCAAUCUGGUGGAAAUA